AUGGGUCAUCGUCAUGGACAUGAGUACGUUAAUGGCUCUGAACUAGCCACGGCCAUGGCAAAGGGUCUGGGGAUUUCUAGACCAUUAUGGCUUGAUUGGGUUCUUAGGUGUAGACAUGUGUCUAUUGUAGAGCCUCCUCCAGAGAUCAUAGGCCUUUUAAGAGAAGCUAGGCUCUAUCAUGUGGCUCAAAUUCUUAAUUUACGAAUUGAUGCCGCUCUUGUGAGCGCAUUAGUGGAGAGAUGGCGGACUGAAACACACACGUUCCACCUUACAUGCGAUGAGACAACAAUCACGUUGGAAGAUGUGGCGCUAUUACUCGGCUUACCCAUUAACGGCCACGAAGUCAUCAGGCAAACUUUCAGCUUAGGAAGUGCUGUCUGUGUGGAGUUGCUCGGAGUGGUCCCACUGGCAGAGCAAAGGAAAGGUCAGAGUAUAACUCUAACCUGGCUUGAGGAAACAUUUGACAUGUCUCAGAACAGGGUUCAUCUGAAGUGGUUACCACUUCUGAGGGAUUUUAUAGAAGCAGGAAGAUACAGUUGGGGUUCAGUAUGUCUAGCAAACUUGUACAUGUCUUUAUGCUGUGCAUCCAACAAGGAUAUAAAAAAUAUCAGUGGAUCUAUGAUAUUACUUCAAUCAUGGGCAUGGUGGGCUCACAUUGAAGUGGAUGAUGAUAGCCGCAACAACAAAGCACAAUGUGAAGAUAUAUAG